AUGGUCGUCGUUUGUCUGCCAGGGGUUGGCGCACUCUCCGAGGCCUAUCGGGGCUUUGCCUGGGUGAGUGUGACGGCGCUCGCCGGCCGCUUGGGACUGGGACGCUUCACGCGACAACGGAAAGCUUUCGGGAUCCGCAAGCUCCGCAAGCUCCGCCUACGUGCUUCUAGAGAUGAAGAUGAAGGAGUUCUUCGGGAGCAGCUGAAUUUGAACACUCCCUAUGGAACUGUGGAGGUGGUGGUCUUGAAGCCUGCACUUUCAACCGGACAGCGAGUCCCGGCAGUCGUCGUCAAUGUCGGUUGCUAUUACACCCUUGCUGAGACAUUGGAAAGAGCGGAAGGCCCUAGGUAUGUUGCACUGGAUUGUGCUUAUGUCAUUUGGCGGGCAACCGGGCCACUCGAGGAGGUGGCAGAUCUGGUUUUCCAGAGGUGGCAAGGUGAUGCCGCGGUUGUUUUGGAUUGGCUCGGACAGCAAGAUUGGUGCAAUGGAAGGGUGGGUUGCCAUGGCUACAGUCUUCUUGGGAACACUUCCUACGCUACGCUAUCGGUUUCGCACGCAAAGGAUGCUCCAAAGUCACGGCCCUUGGUUUGUGCCGUGCUUCCUGUCAUUUCUUUCUCGCGAAUUCAGCCGACGGUGUUUGUGAACGGGCAGAGCCUUGCAGCUGAGCUGGCUUUACGCUUCAUUUGGCUAGCCGAGGUGGGCUUGCGACAGGAUCGCAAAAACGGCUUCGGCUACUUUUGGAACAUGUUCCGAUUCUUCUCCUUGGCCGAGUGGCCAGGUCUGGAUCAGGCUCUCGCAAAAAGACCAGUCAGCGAGGCUGAUGUGGAUCUCUGGGGCCGACCAAACGCUUUGUGGCGCGGGGGCCAAACUUAUCGCAGUUCUGCAGAUGCUUUUUGGGCAGAAGGCCGGGAUGUACAAUGUCACUUUGCGGACUUCCGGGAGUCUCCGAGCAUCCACGUAAUGGCUGGCUGGAAUGACAUGUUUCUGGCACAGAGCCUGCACGAUUUUCAGCUUGCAAGCAAAGCUACGAGCGGCGCUGCAAAGCUCACAAUUUUCACUGGGGGACACUUUGGUGUGGUAUUUAAUCAUGGACUGCAAGUUGCACAGGAGACACGUGAGUGGUACUGCCAACAUUUGACCAAAACAACUGCUGUUGCUCAGCAUGCUGCCGUGCGGAUGCAACUCAUCCACGAGUCUGAAGACGAGGAAUGGCUGGAAUGCGAUGCUUGGCCUCCGCCAGCCGACUCCAUGUGUCUCUUCUUCGAGGGGAGCGAUGCCAACUCCUGCACAGGCUCACUGCGCAAAGGUGGUCCGAGUUGCAGCAGUUCGCUGAGAUAUGUUUAUGACCCGAAAGAUCCAACACCUUACAGUGGUGAUGGAUGGCUGAACCUACAGAAGGAUGGGCCACAGGACCAGAACUCUUUUGAGAACUCUCGGUCAAAGGACGUGCUUGUUCUGACUUCUGCCCCUCUGGAAGAGAAUCUAGAGAUUGUGGGUGAGGUCUCUGCAUCUCUGUUUGUUAGCUGCACUGCUGCGGAGUGUGACAUCGUUGUUCGGCUCUGUGCCGUCCGACAAGCAUCAGAUGGCUGGGGAUCAGAGCCUGGGUUUCUCGACCGCAUCCUCGACCCGCGGGGCUUGGGGCGUGGGCGCUCGGUGAACUUGUGCGAAAACAUCGUGAGGGUGAAGUUUCAGGAGGAUUCCGUCGCUCGGGUCGAGGUCUCGGUGGGACCGACUGCCUGCCGCUUCGAGCCAGGCGAUCGGCUCCGCGUUCACGUUUGCUCGGCUGCCCAUCCCCGGUGGCUCCGCCAUCCGCUCUGUCGAGACUCAGAGGAUUGGCUCCUGGGAGACUCCGAGGUCGGAGCACCGGCGCAAGUUACAGUGAUGGCGGAUGACAGCCACCCAUCCCACUUGAAACUCCCGGUGCGCAGUGAUGCAGUUCGUAGCUGCACGUCACUGCCAAAGUAA